CGAGCCGCGACAACUCGAUUAUAUCCCCACAAGCGAAAGAAACAAACACAGAACGUUCGCACAGGUACGAAGUUCGCAUACAUAUAUAUAUAUACACAAUGGCUUUGAAGAGAAUCAGCAAGGAACUCAGAGAUCUCGAGAGAGACCCUCCCGCCAACUGCAGUGCAGGGCCCGUGGGUGACGAUCUAUUUCACUGGCAAGCAACCAUUAUGGGUCCCCCCGACUCUCCAUACCAAGGCGGCGUGUUCUUCUUGAGCACCCACUUCCCCACAGAUUACCCAUUCAAGCCACCUAAAGUGCAGUUUACCACGCGCAUCUACCAUCCCAAUAUUAAUAGCAAUGGAUCCAUCUGUCUGGAUAUUCUAAGAGAUCAAUGGAGUCCCGCCCUUACUGUGUCGAAGGUGUUACUGUCUAUAUGCUCCUUGUUGACAGAUGCGAACCCCGAUGACCCUCUAGUACCCGAGAUUGCGCACACCUACAAACAAGACCGAACUAAAUACAACGCCACAGCUAGAGAAUGGACCCGUAAAUAUGCUAUGGGCCAGUAAAAGCUUUAAACAUACCACUGAGAUAAGGUUCGCACACAAGGGCAACUAAGUGUGAAGCGAGGUCGUAGAGUUGCUCUUAUGCUGAUGUAUGUGCAAAACCAAGCAAGGCCUGGGCGUGCAACAGAAGGGCCAAGCUAUUCCGGAUUGGUUCCGGGGGUGGUAAUCACAGGCUAGGCUUCGAUUACCCUACUGUAAAAAAAACUCUACGGAUUAACGAAUUGUCUUGCAUAAAUAUAAGCACUUAGAAAA